AUGUCCGAGCCGAUUCCAGAAUCGAUUCCCACCAGCCAAGAUCCGCGCAGCAAGCGUCCGCUCAAACGUCGCGCGCUAACCCCCCUCUCCGAACAAGCCAAACAGCUCGAGUCCCUCUUCAAGGACCCCAGCAAAGAAAUCCACAUUCCCGCGGUCUCCAAACAGCGCACCGCCGCUUCUCUCCCCGCCCCGCCCGAAAUCGUCGCCAAUGUGCAAGGCUCCUCCGCGGGUGCCGGAUCGGGUGAAUUCCAUGUCUACAAGGCAAGUCGGAGGCGCGAGUAUGAGCGCGUGAGGUUGAUGGAGCAGGACUUGAAUCGCGAAAAGGCCAAUGAGGACUUUGAGAAGAGGAAAGAGGAAAUGAGGCGCAAGGAUGAGGAGAAGACGGAUAAAAAUCGGAAACGAAGAGAGAAACGGAAGGCUGCAAAAGCAAAGAAGGGUGCUGGGCCGUCUGCGGCAAUUGCAGAGGAUGGAGAUAUGGCGGUUGACCGCCUGGGUGCUCCGCAUGGGUCGUUCUCCGGAAAGGAACAAAAUACAAUUGAACCGGAGACGAGCAACAGUCAUGUAGAGACCCCGGGUGUCAUUAUCCACGACGAAGACUAA